AUGAGAGAUGUAGGUGAAAUGAGAAUGAAAUCCAUCUGUAUAAUGAUUGUUUUUUGAAUGAAAAUGAAAGAACUAAUUUAUUGCUGAGUUGCUACUGAGCUUGAUGUGGUAGAUGAAGCUGGAUCUGUUGAUGUAGAAGUUGGAAUUGUUUGGAGUUAUUGGAAUUGCUUACUCCCCCCCCCCUCCGUGAGCGAACAAAACCAUUAGAAAAAUCGCCAUUUUUUGACCAAAAACCCACCCUCCGUGAGUGAACAAAAAUUUUUUUAAUAGAAAAAAUUUUAAUGGAAAAAAAUUUUGAUAUAUAAGUGAUAAUUAGUAUAAUGAAAUCUAGAGCUAAUUCUGUUUAAUUUUAAACAAAUUGCGUUUUAAAACAUAAAUUUUGCAAAUUAAAUUAAUAUUUGCUUCCCAAUUUUUGCAAAUUAGGAUUUUUUUAAAUUUCGAAAAAAUAUUUUUUUAUAAAAUUUAUAUAUAAAUUGUUUUUAAAAAAAAAAAAUUAACCCCCCUCCGUGAGUGAACAAAAAUUUUUUUGUUCGCUCACGGAGGGGGGGGGGGGGAGUUAGAGUUGUUGGAAUGUUUGAGUUAUUGGAGUUGUUGGAAUUGUAGGAGUAGCUGUAGCUGCUGCAGUUGCUGAAGUUAUUGGAAUUGCUGGAGUUGUUGGAGUGGUUGGAGAAAGCAGAGAGAAAAAAAGGGAGAAAUGCUGCUAAGCAGCGUUAAAAUAAUUUUAAGAUAUACCUUAAAAGUAUUUUUCAAAUUUCAAAAUAUUCAAUAG